CGUUCCAUCCCACAAAUAAGAGAGGCUUUCAUACAUCUCAUCUGCCAUCAACUCCUCCUCCUUCAUCCCAUCUUCCACCUUUUAUCCCGUCAGGAAUAACAAUCACACAGCCAAGAUGAGUCAAGUCAUUGUUAUGAACACCAACAUGGAGCGCGAGACUGGUCGCAAGGCUCAAUCCUCCAACAUCACGGCUGCCAAGACUGUUGCUGAUAUCAUCAGGACGUGUCUCGGACCUCGCUCAAUGUUGAAAAUGUUGCUGGAUCCUAUGGGAGGUGUUGUCCUGACCAACGACGGAAACGCAAUCUUGAGAGAAGUCGAGGUUGCUCACCCCGCCGCCAAGAGCAUGAUCGAGCUUGCCAGGACACAGGAUGAGGAAGUCGGCGAUGGAACCACCAGUGUUAUUAUUCUCGCUGGUGAGGUCCUUGCUCAGACUCUGCCUUACCUUGAGCGCAACAUCCACCCCAUCGUCAUCAUUGCAGCCCUCAAGCAGGCGCUGGAGGACGCCAUCGAGAUUGUUGACAGGAUUUCGAUCCCCGUUAACAUAAACGAUCCCAAGGAGAUGCUGGAUCUGGUCAAGACUUCGAUCGGCACAAAGUUUGUCAGCCGCUGGAGCGAUAUGAUGUGCAAGUUGGCAUUGGAUGCCGUUCGCUGUGUCGCUGUUGAGAAUGAUGGUCGUCGGGAGGUUGACAUCAAACGCUAUGCCAGAGUUGAGAAGAUUCCCGGUGGAGAGAUUGAAGAGUCAAGAGUUUUGGACGGAGUCAUGGUCAACAAGGACGUCACCCACCCCAAGAUGCGCCGUCGCAUUGAGAACCCCCGCAUCAUCUUGCUGGAUUGCCCUCUGGAGUACAAGAAGGGAGAGUCUCAAACCAACAUUGAGGUCACUAAGGAGUCUGACUGGGCAAGAAUCCUGCAGAUUGAGGAGGAGCAGAUCAAAGCCAUGUGCGACAAGAUCAUCGAGUUGAAGCCCGACAUUGUUUUCACGGAGAAGGGUGUUUCUGAUCUGGCGCAGCACUACUUUGUCAAGGCCAACAUCACUGCCAUCCGUCGCGUCCGCAAGACCGACAACAACCGUAUUGCCCGUGCUGUUGGUGCCACGAUCGUCAACCGUGUCGAUGACUUGAAGGAGUCGGACGUCGGAAAUGACUGUGGAUUGUUCUCUGUCGAGAAGAUUGGCGACGAAUACUUCACCUUUCUCACUGGAUGCAAGAACCCCAAGGCGUGCACAAUUGUCUUGCGUGGACCUUCCAAGGAUAUUUUGAACGAGGUUGAGCGCAACCUGAUGGACGCCAUGUGCGUUGCCCGCAAUGUCUACUUCAAUCCCAAACUCUCACCUGGAGGAGGAGCGACCGAGAUGGCCAUUUCUGUUGGCUUGAUGGAAAAGAGCAAGACGCUGGAGGGUUCAGUCCAGUGGCCCUACAAGGCUGUUGCUGAGGCCAUGGAAGUGAUCCCCCGUACUCUGAUUCAGAACUGCGGCGGCAAUGCGAUCAAGAUCUUGACGUCUCUCCGUGCCAAGCACGCAACCGGCAACCAUUCGUGGGGUGUUGAUGGACAUGCAGGCAAGAUUGUGGACAUGCACGAGUACGGCAUCUGGGAGCCCAACGCAGUGAAGGUGCAGACAGUCAAGACGGCGAUCGAGUCGUCGUGCUUGUUGCUCCGUGUUGACGAUAUUAUUUCCGGAUUGUCUGGACAGAGAGCUCAGCAGAGCGGUCCUGCACCUGAGCAGCAGGAGAUGGGUGAGGGAGACAUGCAGCCUGAGCAAUAAGCGGUGCUUUGGAACGAAGAAGCGGUCUGAGCUGGAUAAGGCAAUAGCUUACAGAUCGCGGACUGAGGACAGGGAUAGACCAGGUGGAGAGAUUCUUAGGGCGAACCAGCAACUUUAUUUUUGAAUAUAACAAAGAAACGCA